UGUUAUUCGCAAGAGAUCGCUCAUUCAGUUUUUACUGAGUGCGCACCAACGCAGUGUUUCCCGAUCCCUCUCAGCCCCUCUUCCCCUACUUUUCAGUCAGUAGGCAUGAGCUGGGUUUGCUCUGGCAGGAGGCGUGGGCUGGGUUUGCUCUGGCAGGAGGGUUGGCUGGGUUUGCUAUGGCAGAAGCCGCGGCCUGGGUUUGCUAUGGCAGGAGGCGCGGCCUGGGUUUGCGCUGGCAGGAGGCGUGGGCUGGGUUUGCUAUGGCAGAAGCCGCGGCCUGGGUUUGCUAUGGCAGGAGGCGCGGCCUGGGUUUGCGCUGGCAGGAGGCGUGGGCUGGGUUUGCUCUGGCAGGAGGAGCGGCCUGGGUUUGCGCUGGCAGGAGGCGCGGCCUGGGUUUGCUCUGGCAGGAGGCGCGGCCUGGGUUUGCGCUGGCAGGAGGCGCGGCCUGGGUUUGCUCUGGCAGCAAACCACUUUAGCUGCACGCUUGUCACAGUGUGUUUGGUGUUGGUGCAGAUGAUGUGAAGUCAGUGUCAGUGAUGGAGGGAGAUUCUGUCACUCUACACACUCAUCUUACUCACAUACAGACACAAGACCAGAUACUGUGGAUGUAUGGACCUCGAGACACUCGUGUAGCUGACAUUCGUUAUAUGAAACUCAACACAUAUGGUGCAACUGGAAUGAAGUUGGACAGUCAGACUGGAUCUCUCACCAUCACAAACAUCAGAAUCAGGAACUCAGGACUUUAUAAACUAGAGAUCAUCAACAGCAAAGAAACGUCAGGAAGGAAAUUCAAUAUUACUGUCUAUGAGCGUCUGCCCGUUCCCAUCACAACCCAAACUCAACAUCUUUACAUCACUGAUGUCUGUCAGACGUGUUCAGAUGCGACUGCCAGCAACCGUUCACAUGUCUUUGCCAUCAUAGUUGCAGUGGUGGUGGUGUUGAUGGUUUUCAUCAUGAUUGUUGUAGAAGUCAAACACUAUUGGACCACUAGACAAUCUAGACAUAGAUGCCACGAAGAGGGGAUAUGCAUCAAUCACUUGAACUACGAUAUGAGAGCCAUCAGGGAUGAGGUUUCUGUACCACUAGCAGCUGCCACCCUCCAUGUUUAGGAUGAAGACAUGUGACUUUCAAGCAGGACCGGCAAACUUCAUCAAGAUGCCGACUGCUGCUCUAGUUUAUACUGUUUUUUACAAAUGUUAAUGUUUCAUAUCUGUCACCUGAAAUGGCUCUUAACACUUUUUGAUGUCUGUGUGUUUGUUGAACCAGUCAAGGCCUAAGGUGUGAAAUAGUAAAGUGUUUCAUAAGCGAAUGGGUUACAUUACUUUUAUAAGGCAGGGGUGGGGGUCUCUAUAUCAAAUGAAGUUUAUGUAAUCUUACCUGUUUUGUAUGUGUAGUAUAAAUGUAAAAAAUCCUUCUAUUGUAUGAAGCCUUUCUAGGUGCAGACUAAUGUUUAAUACAUGUGGUUAUUGAAAACUGAGCCAAUAUAUCAUGAUUGGUCACCGACAGGGGUGUCGCACAGAAUCUCGGCGUCUGUGGAAAAGCAAUGUCUGGGACCCCUCCACUCUAUUUUUAAGUAAAUUGUUAUAUUUAUUUAUAAUACAACACUGAAUCACAUUUCUGUAUGAAUUGUUAUAUAUAUAUGAAUAAAUCACCUGAGUAUCCCUUCAGGAAUGGACAGUU